UAUCUACCUGUUUCGUGGAAAGUAUUGGUAGUUUAAUCAGUUAAUAUUACCCCCUAAAACGCUGAAUGGGUUUUCAUAAUUAUGUUGGUGCAUACUUCGUGGCUUUCAUUGAAGGUACAAGUUGUUAAUUGCUUUGGCUAUCUUUUUAUUAUAUGAGGAUGCGGGUUCCUUUGUUUGGACAAGCCUAAUGUUUAUCAGUAGGUCAGUUAUUUUUAGAUUUUGCAGUAUCUGCUCUCUUGACCGGCUGCAUAACAUGCAUCUAGGAUUUCGCUGGAAGCUUAUCAGCAGAUUUGUUACGGUAUGCUGUGGUCUGCUAUACUGACCCUCACUUGUCACGGCUGAUAAACGCACUCCACACAUGAAUGCAUAUCAGAAACAGUGGAUGAUAUAUAUAGAUAUUGUGUUUAUAGGGGAUUUGUGUUGUUUUACAUGGUUUCUCCCCUUUGAUAUUAAAUACGGGGCUAUGUUGUAUGCUGUUUUAUAGUUAUAAUAUUAUCGCGGGAUAUUCAUAUAUGUUUGUAUGCGUUCAGGUUUAGUUUACGCUUAAUCUAUUGAAUCUAUUUGUAUUUAUUUCUGUUGGGAGUAUUUAUUGAUUAUAUUCUCUUCUAAUUUAUGUGAUUUUAGAUUCACUGGUACAAUGGUUCAACCCACGACAUUGAAAAGGCGACACACUCUGAAAGACACCAAUUUGAUUUGUCUAGUCAAAAAGAUUAGGGAUGCCAAUGUUCCUAAGCAGUAUGCUAGGGUGACAUCCUCACAGCCUCUAGAAACCAUGAGUGCGGAGAACAUAAAGUCAGUGUUCAAGGAACUGACAGGGGAGGAGCUGGGAGAAGUUCUUACUAUGGCAGACAGAGAUGACACACAAGGCAACGCUCGCCUGGCACUGCACUGCGCAGUUAUACUUGCGAACGAGAUUGGGGCGCCUAAAGGUCAACAGCUGGCUGAGGAGCAGGAUGGCCCCGCGCUGAUGAAGAGGCAGAAGACAGGAGGUCAGGACAUGGAAGAACGAGUGGAUGACCUGAAAAAGAAAGUAAGGCUGCUGGCACUUCAAAAAGAGCCUUCAGAGGCGUUGAUACUAUUAACGUUAGAGGAACUGGCGUCGGUUUCCCGCCGCCAUUCCCAUGCUGACGCGGAGACUGUUGAGGAAUUAUAUCGUCAGGCCUCUAGACACCAGGGGGAGGUGAAUAUUGCGGCAUUAUGUUUGUCUGUCCUUAAUGGACAAGCUUCAGACCUGUUGUCUAAGGCUCUGGCAAAAUGUCUCAAAACUAAGGAAGUUGAGAAGCAAGAUGCCCCGAAAGAGUCUUCCCCACUUGCAGGUUUAUAUCCUCAGAUGCCACAGGCUCAGUGGCCGAUGUUACCUCCUGCACAUACGGGAUUCGGCUAUCCGUAUUCUUUCGGCCACACAUUUAGACCUAGGUAUAAACCAAGAGGGGGAAGGUCUCCUUUCCGUCCUGAGGAGGAAGGCUCGUUUACUGGUAGUUUCAUCAAGAUUCCCUCCUGGGAGCGACAACAUAAUUUUAAUCCAACGGCUGUGACUGUACGAACGGAUCCUAGGUGGAUGACGUUGGGGGAUGGUAUGCCCUCACUUGACGCUCAUUUUCAUACUGCUGAAGACGUAUUUUUAGAUAGGCAUGAUGUUAGCAUUGACAUGCUACCCUUGCGAGAUCCAUCUUUCUUUGUAUCGGGUCAGUUACAUUCAUGUGUUAAGGAAUGGCGGAAAAUAUUGCAUGGGACUAGUGCGUCGGACAGAAUGGUUCUUUCGUGGUUAGAGAAUGGUGUAGACAUUUCGUAUUUUUUCACUCAUUUCAAAGGUAAUUUUAAAGGACAGUGUUAUGACUGUGAUCUUCCACCUAAGCGUUACUUCCCUAAUGCGCCCAUUUGUCAGCGUUUUGUUCCCUUUAUUUGCCAGGAAUUAUUGGAACGGGUAUCAAAUGGCUCCCUCCGGGUUUGGGGCAGGGUUGGUGAGUGUGUACCACCGAAAGUAAUCUUACCACUUACAAUUGAGGAGUCCAAGCCUCGUCUUUGUCAUGACGCAAGAUAUUUAAACUUAUGGAUUAAAGAUGUUCCUUUCCAACUUGAAACACUAAAGGAUGUUCAUAGAUUAAUUGAACCUGGUGCAUACAUGGUAUCCUUUGAUGAGAAAUCUGGAUAUGAUCAUAUUCGCUUGACUCCAGAUUCGCAAACAUACUUUGGUAUAGAAUUUGCUGGAUGGUUGUUCUCAUAUACUACAUUGUCUUUUGGCUGGAAAGCCUCGCCUUAUGUCUACCAGACAGUGGGAAUGGUGGUAACGUCGCACAUUAGAUCAUUGGGCAUUGCCACAAUACAAUACAUUGAUGAUAGAUUAGGUGCCCCUCUUGUUAAAUCAUCCGCUAACGUUGAUCAGCCAUUUCGGAUGGCAGAGAGAACAUCAUAUGUAUUUCUAGAGUUGUUGACAAGACUGGGUUAUACACUGGCAUUGAAAAAAUGUGUGCUUAUCCCUGUACAGUGUUUACGAUUCUUGGGUUUUUACAUUGACUCUCUUCGACAAACUUACGUAUUGCCGGUGGAGAAAAAACAGUCAUUUUGUGCCCUUCGGGAUUUUAUCCUGGGUUCGAAAUCUAUUGAUUUGAAAACUCUCCAAAGAUUUGCAGGGAAGUGUAUCAGUAUGACAUUAGCAGUACCUGGUUGUAGAUUGUUUACUCGUGAGGUAAAUAGGGCUAUUGCUGUGGCCUCAAAGAAUGGUGGCAUUGUUUUGGUUGAUGACUAUCUUAGUGCGGAAUUACGGCAUUGGUGUUUCUUGGACGCUUGGAUAGGCUGUAUGUCUUGGCGAUCUGAAGCCCAUAAACAGAUUGUUCUGGCCACUGACGCUAGUUCUUAUAAAUAUGGCGCUGUUGUCUUGAGAGGAACUGACGGCAUUCCACCACAGACACUUUGUGAUUAUUUUGGUUCAGUGGAAAAACCGAUUCAUUUAAAAGAGGCUGAAGCGGUUCACAAUUGUCUUUUGUCAUUUGAGUCUAAGUUAAAGAAUCAUCGCGUUGAUGUUUUGGUUGACAACCAAGCAGUUCUUCAUGUAUGGGACAAUCAGGGUGCUAGGGACAGGCCUCUCAAUGACAUUACGAAAUCCAUUUUCUCCAUUACAUUUCGCAACAACAUCGACCUACGCAUGUCAUAUGUCAAAACCACGGAAAAUGUUGCGGAUGCACCCUCUAGAUCAGUGUCAGCUUCUGAUGCAAAGCUCAGUGAUGAUGUAUGGCAUAGGUUACAGGUCUUAUUUGGUCCUCACACAGUGGACCUCAUGGCAUUAGAUUCGAAUGCUAUGCGAGAUGUUGAUGGCUCAUUUCUAAAACAUUUUACUCCGACUCCAACACCGCAGUCUGCUGGUGUCUUAGGUAUGACAUAUUUGCUUACAGAUUGUCAUUUUGCUAGAUUCGAUUCUGUUUAUUUCCAGGAAUCGCAACUUAAUAUUGAUACAAGAAAGACUGAGGAUCGACUCUCCCUCUUGGACAAGAAAACGGACCAGUCCAACUCAGCUAAGCGAAAGCGUUCCUUAACGGCAUCUUUGGCAGAUUUCUUAUCCAACCUUCCUACUUCUCUUACAUUAUGUAGUUGCUCUCCUGAAGAUAUUAGGAAAUUUCUGGUUUGGAAAGAUGAGUUCGGGAAGACUAAGAUACAUACUGCUUCUUGUCCAUACAUUGGUAGUUCUGACUCUCGGAUUAAUUGUGCAUGCCCACUUCGCCUCGCUGCAGGGACUGUAGAAGGUGUGAUAAAUCUGUUAUGUAGAAUUUUUGAAGAUCAUGGGUUUGGUCGUUUUUGGGAUAGCAUGACGAUGCAAGGGAAUCCUGUAUGCUCCCCAAUUGUCAAGGAGUAUCUUACGCGAAUACGUGAGGAGCAAGCAAAGGCAAAUGUCCUUCCGAAACAGGCAAAACCUAUUUUCAUGAGUAAAUUGCGCUCUAUUGCUCGUUAUAUUGACAUGCAACUUGCAAGGUCAGAUAUAACAUCCCGGGAGAGAUAUGUUCUUUUAAGAGAUCAAGCUUGGUUUAAAUUGCAGUUCUUUGCUGGAGAUCGUGCGGGCGAUUUGUCGUUUUUAUUGUCACAACAGGUCAGAUCUCUUUCAGAUGGAUCUGGUCUCACAGUUACACAUACAUUUGGUAAAACUUUAAGGGGUAACAGGGACAAGGUUAAUGAAUUUGUUGUGCCAAAAUGCGCUGAUACUCUAAUUUGCCCCGUUAAUGGUCUCAAUACGUAUGUAGCGUCUUCAAAGGCUAUGGGAGUAAAUCUCACCUUUGGAUACAUGUUUCGUAUUGUGUCUGACUCGGGGGUUGUUCUUGAUCAACAAGUGUCUUAUUCUGUGGUAUAUGAACGAAUGAGACACUACUUAACCGUUUUAGGAGUAUAUGAUGGUGAAACUCCACAUAGUUUUAGGGCAGGCUGUGCUGUAUCGUUGAAUGUUGCUGGGUGUAGUUCAGCUGAUAUAAUGGACCAUGUAGGUUGGUUUGGUUCCGAAAGUGCAGAAUAUUACAGUAGGCGAAAGUUAAUGCGUUCUUCAACUGUUGCAAAGCGUCUUGCCCGUGCUGUUGAUUUUUCUAACGAGGUGGAGGAUUUUUAUAAUUCCCAUGCUGACUAUACAUCUUUACCACAUGCAUUUUUUGAACAUGUAUGAAUCUUUUUAUAUGUUAACACACAUACUUCUUCAUAAGGUUGAAUUUUUGUUAAAAGAAACUUAUUCCUUAUACCUGCCUUCUGUAAUUCGUUAUAGUGUAUGCGAUGUAAAUACCUGGAUGCGUUUAUUUCUGUACUUUAUGACGUAAACGUUUUGUUUGAAUUGUUUUUGCAGUAAAUAUUUGAUUAGCUGUGUGUACCUUACAUAUAUAUCUGAUACGUAAUAAAUUUGCUCAUCAUGUAAUAUGUUGCUGUUUAUCUUUUAUCUUAUUUAUUUACUAAUGCUGGAAUGAGUAUUGGGACAAAGGGAUGACGAUACUGUAGUGCAAAAGUCCUGUCAUGGGAAUCAAAUUGAGGAUAUAAAGGUCUGGAGUGUGGACGAAGGUUUCAUGUCAUGUAUUAGCCCAGUACUUAAUACUCAGGAAACACUCAAGAACUGACCUUUCUAGACACGAAACACUUAGGAUAUCCCCAGAUCCUCAGUGUUAUAGGUGGCGCUGAAAGAGCAGUGACGUCACUGAUCGUUCUGUGAACGUUAGGAUCCUAAGGAUUGGAGUCGAUAGGUUAUUCUUGU